UUCGGGCUUAGACACGAUUUUUGCAGCAACCUAACGGGUGUAUGAGAGUGUAAACGGCUGUGGCAUCCCUUGAAGACUUUUAGUUGUUGUUUUGACUUUGUGUUGUUGUGCUGAAACAUGCCGUUUCUGGGACAGGACUGGCGCUCUCCUGGUCAGAGCUGGGUUAAAACCGAGGAUGGCUGGAAAAGAACGACGAAAGACGAGAUCGAGACGAAUAACAAUGUUUCCCAGAGCAAUGAAAGCAAUCAGGAGGACUAUAACAAAGAAAAUUUGCGCCUCUCUAUUAAUUACGACAUGGCCUCAAAGAAGCGCAAGAAGGAUUUGCUGAACAACAACAGUAAAGUUCCCUAUUUCCACAAAGACAAGUGGAUUUACGUGCACAAAGGGAGCACCAAAGAGCGUCAUGGAUACUGUACAUUGGGAGAAGCUUUUAAUCGCCUGGACUUCUGCAGUGCCAUUAAGGACACCAGACGAUUUAAUUAUGUUGUGAGGCUGCUUGAGCUGAUUGCCAAGUCGCAGCUACCGUCUCUGAGUGGAGUGGCGCAGAAGAACUACAUGAACAUUCUGGAAAGAGUGGUGCAGAAAGUUCUAGAAGAUCAACAGAAUGUGAGGCCUAUCAAAGAGCUGCUGCAGACGCUGUAUGUGUCACUUUGCAGUCUGGUGCAGGACAUGGGCAAGUCCGUGCUGGUGGGAAACAUUAACAUCUGGGUGCACCGCAUGGAAAACAUCCUGCAGUGGCAGCAGCAGCUGGACAACAUUCAGAUUAACAGGCCCACAAGCACCGGGAUGACGCUCCUGGACUUACCCGUCAGUCUCCAGCUGAACAUCAUGCAGCGGCUCUCGGAUGGGCGGGACCUGGUCAGUCUGGGGCAGGUGUGUCCUGACCUCGGUGUACUGACUGAGGACAGGCUGCUGUGGAAGAAUCUCUGCCAGUACCACUUCACAGACCGACAGAUUCGCAAGCGACUGAUGGUAUCAGAUAAGGGGCAUCUUGAAUGGAAAAAGAUGUACUUUAAGCUGUGCCGGUGCUACCCUCAUAAGGAGCAGUACAGCGACACCUUGCAGUUUUGCACACAUUGCCACAUUCUGUUCUGGAAGGAUACAAACCAUCCCUGCACAGCCAACAAUCCAGAGAGCUGCAGCAUUUCCGUUUCUCCACAAGGCUUUAUCAACCUCUUUAAGUUCUAAAGGGACUUUUCUUGGUUUUCACUGUUUGUACAUAGUGUAUAUAAAGUCAAAAGUGCAAUAGAUUCCCAGAUGGUAUGAGAAAAGCAAGUCAGUGGAAGUCAGUGUGAGGCAUUUGGAUGAGUUUGAAAAGUCUGAAAAAAAGAAUCUGUGAUUAUGAAUCUGAAAAAUGCAAAGAGGAGAAGAGGAAAAAUAUCAGUAUGUAAAGGAGCUCCAUUUAUAGGCAAUGGGUAUUCAUGUAUUUUGUUAGGCACGAAUAUGUUUACUCCAAAGAUAAAUGUGCUUUGCUAGGUGCAAACGGUUUGCAUUACGGUUUGCCCUCAUGCUGCAGUAAUUCUUAAUAUAAGUUGAGAUUUUUUUUAUGAUAUGGCAGUGGAUGAACUUCUGUUGGACUUUAUAUUUGCAUUUGCAAAAGCAUGCUGGAGUUUUCAAAAGAAAGUGAGGGAAAUGGUAUGUCCAUCAUUAUGGUGUGCAAUACUUUUCUAUGGAACUUUUUUCCACUUUUAUACGUUUGAUAUUUUGUUUGUUUAAAUGUAUUUGCUGCAGUAAAUGCAAUAUGAGUAAACACUUGAGUAUAGUAUGACCUGUUACAACACUAAAGUAUGGUGUAAUUUACAAUGUCAUAAUUCACUGAUGUUUCACAAAUAUGUAGUAAAUGCACACUGAAAUGUUUGUCAUUGUUAGACACAUUCACAUGUUGCCUUUUGUGCACACCAACAGGAGAAAUGUUAUUGAGCUAUGCAUUAAUAUUUGUAGCAUACAUUUUUUUUUUUUUUGCAAUUCUGUAUGUUUACUACCACCUGCAUGGUAUGAAUUUGAUACCAAAGAGCUGCUUAUUUAUUUGAUUCUGUGGCGUACUAUGUUAUUCUGACCAGGAAAAUAGAGGCCCUCUUUUUUAUGCAAUAUCCCACUUGUGUUCAGUUAUGCAAACAUUGAUACUCUUGAAGAGCAAGCCAAAAUACAUCCUUCUCCCAAUGGGUGAAAAUAAACCAUGGUCUUCUA